UCCUGAGGGGCGCAGCCACUUUUCCUGUCGCCCUCCUUUCUUUGGUUUCUAUCAACUUUCCAGCUGUAAAAUACCACAGUUUCCUCCUUUCGGAGUCUUUUUUCAGGACGGAGUUGAAGAGAGCAGUGUGCUAAGGGAAAGUGUGCUCACAUUCCUCACACACACACACACACACACACGCAACUUAAUCAAUUACAGAUUAACUUGAUACUUUGUCCCAAACUUUUUACAGUAUUUAGGUUAUAAUAUGUAACCUCGAACAGUUAGCCAUAGUGUUUGUAAGUGUGUUUCUUUCUUUGAAACGGUGUUGACGGGAAUUGUGGGAAAUCCGCUCCAGCUGUUGGUGUUGUCGAGCCGUCAUCCAGUUCCAAUGCCGCUCCACAAGUCGGGCCGGGCUCACCGCCUGGAUCCCACCAUGAUCUCUGCCCCGCUUGGCGACUUUCGUCACACCAUGCACAUCGGCCGUGGUGGAGACGCCUUCGGAGACACCUCCUUCUUGUCCAGUCACGGCCCCUCCAACACAGAGUCUUUUAAGUCCAUCACCUCUCCUGUGGAGGCCACCAUUGACUCCACAGAAGUGAGGCUAAAACAUGAAGCUGACAGCAACCCCCCUGAUGAACCAUUUACAGAACUCCAGCACUCAGAAUCAGUCUCAUCCUUCGAUCUGGAUCUAGACCUGGGGCCAUCCAUUUUGGGAGAUGUGCUGGGAGUGAUGGAUGGACUGGGAUUGGGCAGCAAGUGGACAUCGGGCAACGAAGGUGAAGAAGAAGUGUUUAUCUCCGGUAAGAGCAGUGCAGAUGGUGGGCUAUCACCCAAUGGUGCAACGAACGACCUGAACGAGAAGAUGAUGGACAGUCUGAGCAGAGGGGAGGAUCAUCUAAAUGAUGUCAAUGGUAUCAAAUCAAAGGGGCUCAGGCCCAAGGUGCGAUUUAGCGACAAAAAGGAGGAGAUCGUUGGUCGGCAGUAUGUAGGAGGUGAAUUAGAGCUGGAAUGUGAGAAGGAAAUGAGUACAAGUCCAGUUGGAGGAAUGGAGGUGAGGGCUGAAGGAAUGGCUAAUAAAGGAGCAGUGAAACCAGAGCUAACGAAUCACCGGCCAGAUGUCAGUCCCAGUCCUUCUUCUUCAGUGAGCUCAGAAUAUGAAGGCAUCUCCCCAUUGGACAGGAGGAGAGAGGAGGACCAUCUGUCACAGUCGGAUUCAGAUGAAGAGGGCGUCGCAGGAGAGCAGGGCUAUACGUUUGAGGAUGAGUCUGAUGAUGAGAUUGGCCUUUAGGAGUCUAAUGAUGGGUAUGUAAAGACCAAGCACAGAAAAGUAUGCGCAAAAUGCUUUUCUGAAAAACAUGUAAAAGGGAGAAACUACCAAAGUGAAAACAGCUCUACGAAACAGGAUGAACUGGACUUCUUAGUUAGUAGAAAAAGAUUACACACGUAAAUAGAGGCGGAAAAAUUUAUUGAAAAAAUACCUUUCAAAGCUCUAAGAUAAACAAUAGUUUGUCAUGAAAAACAAUGUUUUUCAGGGGUAGAACUAUAGUAUUAUAAAGAAAUGAUAUUUCUAUUAGUACUAUUAGUCCCACUAAAGCCUUAGACAAUGGAAUACAUUUAAUAUUUAAUAUUAUAAAACAGUCCUGAUAAACAGUUAUUAUAGGUUUAAUAUUGUUGCUAUCAUACAUUGUUAAACUGGGAUCUCUUAACUUUCUAAACAUAUUACCUGGGAAUGUUAAACAGUAGUCAUGCAAUUUAUUUUACUUGUUCAAUAAAUCAUCUCAAUACAGGAGUAAAAGGUUGAGCCAAAUACCAGUAUUUCAUAAAUGGUUCAGAUUUUAUGUCCUUUAGCGUAUUAGUCUCUUUUUGAAGAAACACCAUAUUAUUUUUUUAAAAAUACUAUAGGCCAAAAGUAAAGCGUGAAGCUUUCAUUUACUUAAAUUUAUCCUAAUUAUUGUUUUGUUAGUUCUGUUAUGAAUAUACGUGAGUGAAUUGUGGUAUCUAUGUAUAAUAUUAUCAGCAAGUAUGUUGUUCCUAAGGUAAAGACAUGUUGAUUUGAUGUUGAUUUAAUAUUCAUAGUGGCAUUAAAAAAGCCAGAGCUGGUCUGUUUGUCUGAGUUGUGGAGAUAUUACUGGAGAAUUCUGGGUGUUCCUGUGGGAGUGACAAACACAAUAGGUGGGAAAAACAGUGGGUGGACAUCUUGCUUAUAGAUCGCAGGUGCUCGGUUUACUAUGACUGACACAGUUUGAUAUAGUGCUUGUUGCUAUUACUCUUCUACACUUUGGGGAGUUUGGUGUGAUCUGACACACAACCUGGUAUCUGCUGUUUAAGUUUAAGGUACAUGGAGAGAAAAUAUAGUAUCCUGAUAGGGAACAUACUGAAAGAACAUUGAAAAUACAACAGUUGGAAAAGCUACUUUAAAAUGCUGUUAACUAACUUAACUUUAAUUUUAAAAAUGACUUUAUGGUUAUCUGUAUAUUUUCACUGCAUAUAUUAGAAGCGUUACUUCUAAUAGGACACUCUUUGGCAUCAUCAUCAUCAUGUGUCAUUACUUCUAGCUCUCUGUGCAUGUGACAUUGGCGUAUUCACUCAAACACUUCUCUGGUUGCAUAAAUGGGAUAGUUGUGACGAUCGUUUAAGGCAUUUAAGAUAGUAGCAAUAUUGCGUGCAUUAAAUAUUGCCAUGUAUUAUUUUACCGAUUAUCAGCACAUGCCUAGUUGUGUACCACAGAGGAUGAAACAGUGUGCUUAUACCACUUUAAAUAACUAUUUACCUACUUUAAAGUUACUUCAAUUAUAUCUGUCUAUUUUAAUAGCCAGUCAUUGAAGUUUACAUGUCUUAUAGAGACCACUUUCCAACUAAAAGGCUAGAGUUUUCUCAUUGAAAUUUAGAGCCAAAUCAGGAUAGCUGGAGAACUGCCUGCUGGUUUAAACUGGAUUUAUUGGGAGGUAAUUAUGGACAAGCUGCAUUACUGCUUAGUUUCACAAUAAUGGUUUAAGUAGCAAACUGCAUGACUUUAUACAUUGUUUUUUUUUCAGAAACAGUGUCUUAAACAUCUCCUUUUAUAAAAUAACCAUCUAUUCACUUGUAAAUAACUUGAUAUAAUGAUGAUUAAACACCUGACAAUUUG